AUGGGUAAUCCACCACCUUUCAUUGGAGGUGCUUGUAACCUUUUCUGUAGACAAGGCCUCAAAUGUGCAUUGGUGCAACCAGAAAACUGCAAUGGAUGCACACCUCGAGCGCAGUGUGUUCAGCAAGAAUGUAACACGAUUUGUGUACUCCCUUGUCCUGCCUUCUAUGGAUGUGUCCUCGUAAACACAGCUUCCGGCUGCUGCCCGAUUGCUACGUGCCGUCCGCCUUCUUCUUUACCACCUCCGUACACCACUACACCCCGAUACACACCUCCGUAUACUACACAGCCCCCUUACACCACACGACCACCUUACACCACCCAGCCUCCGUACACCACACGACCCCCGUACACAACAACACCUCGCUACAGACCAGGAAGAUAG